AACUUUUUCAGUUUUUCAACUUUCUUCUCUUUCACAAAAGUUGAAAGUUAUUCGUUAAUUUCAUCAUAAAUUGUAUUGCUCAAGUGAAAAGCGAUGCUCCAUUUGAUUUGGUACCCGGUGAAAUGUUUUGAAUGAUUUUUCUCUCGUGUAUGUUUCAAUGAAAUCAACUCAACGUUACACUUUACAGAUUGAUUGCAGAUAAAAGCAUUUUUAUUUUUAGUAACAGCACGUUCUCUUCACUCAUUAUAUAAAAUGUUUGUAAUUUCGAUUUAAUUCCUACAAAUGAACCCGAUAAGUCGAUCCUAUAAUUCCGUAAUCAUCGCAGGAUAAAAAUUGAAUUGUUCGUACAGGUUAUGUUACGGUUUGGAAUUCAGAAUUUAGAAUAGAUCAGGAAGUGGGUCGUCAUGCAUGAUAAUUAGUAGCAGAUAAUCAAUUCGACAACGGUGCUAUGGUCCGAGUACAUUUCGAAAUUUUCAGAAGAAUGGGAAUGCACUCAUCGGAGUAGAAUUCGUAAUCGUCUGUGCCUUGCCAUCUUCGCGAAUCGACGAAUACUUUCAUGUUAUUAAGGUCGACUGGUUUUAGAGAGGACAGGGGAAAAGUGAAAAACACUGAAGAGCAGUUUCAAGAAUCAUUUCUACAAGAAAUAAUUUGUUGCCCUCAGAAAUGAUAAUCGAUGGACGAGCGACAGAUAGCAGACUAUUUUGUGGUAGCUGGGCUCCCAGAGUCCGAGUCGGAUCGUGCUGAAGAGGAUUCCGUCGGAAAUUAUUUGAAGCAGAGUUAUGAUCCGAUAACGGACUUAGCUGUAAUAUUUCCCACUCAGGGUGAAACGAUUCCUCCUGGAUUUACUGUGAUAAAAAAUACACCAACAGGUAUCAUAGCUGAUUUAAAUCAUGGCAGUUUGCGUAGUCCUGAAGUAUUCUUAUGCUUCAGAAGAGGAAAAGAUAAACCACCGCUCGUCGAUAUCGGCAUUAUGUACGAGGGAAAGGAGCGAAUUCUGCCCGAUUCGGAAAUUUUAUUGGAAACACCGACUGGACGAUGCGCCAAUGUUAAUAACUCAUCGGCUAAAACAUUCGUUACGUAUCGACGUGCUCAACCUACUAUGCCAUGCAAUGCGUUGGUCGUCACCGAUAUCUGUGUAAUAAAUGUUAGCAAAGGAGAAGUUCCACCUCAUGCAUUUUGCAUAAUUAAUAAGAAUUUGAAUAAAGGAAUCGUUGGUUCGGAGAUUUACCUUUGUUAUAAAAAGUCGAUGAAUCAGGCUCCAGCAAUUACGUAUAAACCAGCAAUAUUAUCCAGAUACCCAAUAACGGAUAAGAAAAGUUUCCCUUUACCGCAAUCUGUACCUUUAUUUUGUUUACCUAUGGGAGCUACUUUGGAAGUAUGGCCUUUCAAUGCUCAGCAACCAGCGCCGGUUUUUUCUACGUUUGUGCUCACUGUUAGCGACGCUGCGCAAAAGGUGUAUGGCUCAGCGUUGACAUUCUACGAAGAGUAUCCCGAAGAAAAAGUGAACGAAAAACUUAAACAAAGGCUGUGUUCAAAUUUUGAUAAUAAGUGGGAUGCUUCUGAUGAUAACCAAGUUUCAUUUCACGUUAUUAAGUGUAUUUGUUUGCUCUCGCAUUGGCCUUUUUUCGACGCUUUUGAAAGAUUUUUAAAUUUCUUAUAUCAAAUGUCUCGAGAGGCUUCGUGCAGUGUUCCAAUCGAAAGAUAUAUAUUACAUUUCAUGGGAAAUGUGCCGUUUCCGUCGAUUCAGCGACCUAGAAUAUUAGUUCAGCUUUCACCGAUAGAAAGACUGAUUUUAACACAGCCAGAAGAUUUACCUCUUCCAAGAAGCGGAGCUGGUUUCCAUCAAAUGCUCAUGAACUUAGGCCCGGAUAAUUGUUUAUUGUUAUUGUUAUGCGCAUUAACCGAACAAAAAUUGUUAAUUCAUUCCUUGAGGCCGGAUGUAUUAACUGCUGUGGCAGAAGCUGUAUCGAUGAUUAUUUUCCCGUUUAAAUGGCAGUGCCCUUAUAUACCAUUAUGUCCUUUAAGUUUAGCCGAAGUGUUACACGCACCUGUGCCGUUUUUAAUCGGCGUCGAUUCGAGGUUUUUCGAUUUAUAUGAUCCGCCUCCUGAUGUGAAUUGCGUUGAUUUGGAUACCAAUAAUAUCACCGUGUGUGAGAAAAAACGAUAUUUAACGUCCAAGUUGUUACCUAAAAAAGCUGCCAGGAAUCUACGUAAUAGUUUAGAGCUAACGUAUCAAAAAUUACAUUCUUUUCUACAAAUGCUACAGCUAAAUGCGAACAAUAAAGAUUUGAACAUCGAUAAAGAUUUUCAAUUGAAAAGAAAAGAGCAAAGUUUGGAGCUUGAAAUUCAAGAAGCAUUUUUAAAAUUCAUGGUACACAUAUUGAAAGGUUACAGAUCUUAUUUAAUGCCUUUAACUAAAGCUCCAACUAUCGGAGCAACGGAUACAAAUUCGCUGUUCGAUUUGCAAAGUUUUUUAAGAUCUCGCGAUAGAUCGUAUCAGAAAUUCUACUCGAUGAUUACGCAUACCCAGAUGUUUAUCAGAUUCAUCGAAGAACGUUCGUUUGUAUCUGAUUUAGAAGCUGGAUUGGCUUUCUUUGACGAAUGUAUUGAAAAAGGUGAGCUAGAUGAAAGCGAUGUACAUCUUUUAGAGUUGGAUGAAUCACAUCAGAGUGAAAGAACGGUGUUUGUUUCCCCUCCUGAGAAUAAUCUUCCCAUUAAUUCCGUUCAAAUGCCGAAUUAUACAUAUCAGAAUGGUUUCGCCUUGAAUUCGAUUUACUUCUGUCAAAAGGGAAUCCGAAAUUAUUUAGAAGUUACUGGCAUGUCAGCUGUGCCAGGAAGUCCGUUAGCUAGGAGAACUAAAUACGAAGUGAAAAGUGCCCAGAAAUUAGCUCGUAAAUAUUUUACUUCACCCGAUCUAUGGGCCAAGUGCCUUUUAGGAACUUGUUAUAGUUUAUGGUUUAUUCACUUACCAAGUUACGUAAUAUUUACCGAACAUAAAGUUUCAUCCACUUUACGAUUAGCUUACGAUUUACUCGCCAGAAUACAGAAGACAGGUCUUCAACCUACCGAUGAAGUUUGUUAUCGAGUUAUGAUGCAGCUGUGCGGUGCUUAUAAUCAACCAAUGUUGGCGGUGAAAUUGUUAUUUUUAAUGAAACGUAGUGGCGUUCAACCUAAUGCUAUUACGUACGGGUUCUAUAAUCGAGCUGUGCUCGAAUCUAAAUGGCCUUCCGAUAUGAGUAAUUCCAGUCAACUCUUGUGGAAUAAACUAAGAAAUGUCAUACAUGCUACUGCAUUGCUGAAGAAAAUGGGCCAAGAAGCUGGUAAACGUAGAUCAUCUAUGCAAGCCGAAGAAAUUUCGUUGAACGACGGUUUACCCUUGAUUAAUGAAAAUUGCGUUUACGAAACAUCGAAAAAUAUCAACAUGAUAUUCGGUAGUGGAAGCCAAAGCGAUAUCGGCUAUAAAAGCUCUUCCGGUGAGUUGAACAACGAAAGUACCGAAGUAACCGAAACUGAUUCAUCGGUAAGCGAACAAAUUUCUAAAACUGAGUAUUCCGAAAGCACUAACGAACCGUCGGGAUUCUCUGAAAAUGAAGACGAUUCGUUGUUCGAAGGUGGUAGUAUUAGACGAUCUAGUACCAUCACAUCCAGAGAUAUAGCAACGUUCAAUCGGUUCUGUUCGAGAAUGGGUAGUAUCGUGAAAACAACCGGACCGUUUCGUAACCAAGGUUCUACCAUCAAUCAGCAGCAAUACGAAAGUAGCGCUGGUUUAUUAAUGACUGGCGGAGUUACUAUUUCGAAUUUUUCUGAAAAUGAUGUAAAACCCUCGAUAUUGGAGAAAAACGCUUCUGUGUACAGUUCGCCUCCGAGAAUACGAUCUAAUGCCAGAACGAAACGUACCAGAAGUGGUUCUUGUUCGGAAUCCGGAGUAAGCUUAUCACCCAGAGCAACCAGACACUACCCCAAUUAUUACGGUAACCAGAACAGCAAUAAUAAACCUACUUCGCAUGAGACCCCGGACUGUUAUCAAUUAUUAACGAGAUCUGAAAGCUUUGCCAACGAUGCUCAAAUAUUGAAGAAUCUUCAAGAAAUAAAAACACAGAAAGCUAAUUUCGCUAAUAACGAUGUGAUGAAUGGAAAAUUCGAAAAUCAUUCUCGUCCCGGUGCGAAUUCAUCUGCGUCGAAUUAUUCGUUGAAUAAACAGCCUAUCGCGAGGAAGAACAGUUUGCAUAAAUUGAAAGAAUAUCCGAAAUGUGAAAGCCAAAAUUCGUCGGCUGAAACGCUUCCUAGUUCUGGAACAGGAAGCAUGGACGACUUGAUGGUGAACUGUAACACGUUCGUUAAAAGACCGACGACCAAUAAAAUCCUUAUGUCGCUUAGCGGCGUUGGACGACUAAACAGCAAAAUUCCAUCCGAGCCACCAUUCAGAAAAACCUCGGUUUGCUCUUUAGAAGAAAUACGUCGUAAAGAGGAGAGCGAAUCUUUGAAUCGAGUCUGCAGUUCGCCUUCGUUGAAAAGCCCCGUUCGUACGCCAGUCACCGAAAACGAUCCGCUCGGCGCUCUGAGCAACGAGAAAGAAAUCGAAGACACGUGCGGAGUUCAAAAGUUACCAAAUUUAGAAACCGUACGAAGCGUAUCGUCUGAAAUCGUACUAGAUCGCACCGGCACGCCUAUAUUAUUCGAUCGAAGGCAAGAAAAAUGGGAUGCUACGAGGAAGACUAGUCAUCAUCAUUCGACAGGCAGUGGAAUCGAUCGCACGUCCGACGAAGACGACGAUUCCAGGUUGAAAGAACUCAACGAUUCGGCCGACGAGAAAAUCAUAUCGCGAGCUUCUACGUUACCAGCCGAUGUGCGCGAAAGCGCCGAACAAGGCAGUCCUUUUAAAACAGGACUUGGUAAUCUGAGUUCGAAUUUCAAGCUUCCUUUCAGUCGAUUUUCACCUUCCCGGUUCAGUUUAAGAAAUCCGGAUAUUCGUAUAGGAACACAAAUGAUCGACGCUUUUAAUAGUUUCAGUCCGAGCAGCUUAACGAGUAAGAAGACGAAUGAAUUGAUCAUGGGUGGAUUGAGCAAGUUACAAAGUGCUGCUUCGACGAUGACGAAAAAAAUCGACGAAAUAAAAGAGGCUAUUUCUACGAAUGCUACACCAUCGAAAGAUGGGCAAUAUUUAGAAGAUGAAAAUGAAACGUUGAACGUUCAUAAUGGUGUUGCUAGUCUUGGUGGAGAAGAAACGCCAGUCAAGAGAAAAAUAUCUAGCGAAUUUUCUCCCUCCUCUGUUACAAUGCAGCUAGACUCCUGGGGAGCUAAUUUAAAAGAAUUAUUUAGCGAUGGUAGCAGAAAAGGAAGCACAUCGAAUUUGCAACCUUUAGGAGAGAACUCGCCGACAUCGUCGCAACAAUCGUUGGCACUAUUAAACGAACGAUUAUAUCCGAAAAUUAUUCGCGAUAAUCGUAUCCCGGUUGCUGUUGAGCUUAUCAUGACUACGUGCUCAAAAUGCCACCAAUGUGCUUCACUUAUAUACGACGAAGAAAUCAUGGCUGGAUGGUUACCAGAAGACUCUAAUCUUAAUACUAAGUGUCCGUUCUGUGAUAAAGCAACCGUACCAUUUUUAUAUGUAUCUGUACUCGAUUAUCGUAGUAGUUCGGAAAUAUCUUCUCGGUUUACCAGCCAAGAAAGCGUGUCGUCUUCGCUGGAAAGAGUUCGUAGGAAAAGCUCGUUCAAUAAAUUGAACACAUCGGUCAAUUCGAUUGGCGGUAGUCGUGCUUCCGUCGAUAUGUCCGCCACCGAAGAAGAUAUCAAAUCAAAAAACGUUCAUACCCUGGAACCGAUCGUUGUACCUUAUUUAAAUCCGUUGGUUUUACGUAAAGAACUCGAGUCCAUUUUGAAUACCGAAGGCGAUACGUCACUGACUCGGUCUUCUUUCGUCGACGAACAUCCCAUUAUUUAUUGGAAUAUGGUGUGGGUAUUCGAACGAAUCGCUGCAUCGUCACAUGUAACCGGUUUAUGUCUGCAUGCGAAUUCGGUCAUCGGAACUCGAGAUGAGUCCACGUUUCAUCCUUCAUGGGCUGAAUGUGACCAUAGACAUGUGCUCGUCAGAACGUUAUGGGAUAAUCCAAUUUUAUACGAGGAGGUCGGCUAUCCGAUGUACGUUUUAUGGAAUAAGAACGAUAAAGAAAGCGACCUGUUGAGCGCUUUGCUCACAGAUAACACAACCAUACCCAGAAGUUUAAUGGAACGUGUCAUAUCGAGUAUCCAAUAUUGCGACUUGGCUGAUCCAAUAAGACGUGUAGCUGCCGAAAGAUUGAAACUGAAAAGCCACGGCAUCAAUCACAAUUAUUCGCUUUACAGAGAUAUUCUAUUUUUAGCCUUUGUUGCUUUAGGAAGAGAAAAUAUCGAUCAAAGUGCUUUCGAUAGAGAAUAUCAAUCAGCUUUGGAGAGUUUAACGCCGGUGGAACGCGACUCGAAAAUGUAUCUACGUUGUGACAAUCCUAACUUGAAUACACCCGUAUAUUUCAGACAUUAUUUUAAAGAAUUAGAAUUAUAAGUGCAUUACAUGUUGUCUGUUGGUAAUUUUUCUCCAUUGUUUGUUUUUUUUUUGUUUCCUUGAUGGAAAUUCCGCUGUAAUACGUAAAAAAAAGAGAUGUAUUUCUUUUAUUUUUCCCUACCAUUUUUGUUAAUUGUUGAACGAUAUGCAUAUUUAUUUAUUAAUAUAGUGUAAUAUCGAGUAUAGGUCGUUUUGUACCAGUAUUAUAUAGUAUUUGUUUUUUUUUCUACAUCGGAUUACUCCAAUACGAAGUUUAUUUCACCAUCCAACUAAUGCUUUGUAAAAUUUUAAACGAAACCGUUGAUAGGAAUUUUAUUUUAUUUUAAUGGCGAUGGCUCCCUUCUGUUUUUUUUUCUUAAGAAAAAAAGAAUGAUUUUACAUUUUUUUAGGAAAAUAUACAUAUUUAUUUAUA